ACAAGUGUGGAGCAAUUGAGCAAGAACUUCUGGGACACCAACCCUGGAGAAGAAGCAAGGGAUGUGGAGUGCGUGUUGACCGUCUAAACAGGACAAAGAUAAUGAUUAAUCAAAUCUCCGGAAGGUUUAAAUGAGAUGGGCACUGGGAGUGGGGGCAGUCCUCCUUUCUUGCCGCUCCUUGGGAGCCACCCCACCCUCAGGAAAGAUGUCUACCGCGAGGAUCUUUUGCCUGGUCCUGAGCCUGGCAGGCACAGUUUGGACUGCAGAGACGGGUCCCGGUGAAUUUUUAGCUGAAGGAGGAGCUGCGCGUGGGCCCAGACUGACGGAAAGACAGCAGUCUUCCUGCAGGGAGACAGACUGGCCCUUCUGCUCGGACGACGACUGGCACCAAAAAUGCCCUUCUGGCUGCAGAAUGAAAGGGUUGAUUGAUGAAGUUAAUCAAGAUUUUACAAACAGAAUAAAUAAGCUCAAAAACUCACUGUUUGAUUAUCAGAAGAACAACAAGGACUCUAACUCAGUGACCAAGAAUAUAAUUGACCUAGUGAGAGGGGAUUUUGCCAACGCUAACAACAAUGAUAACACAUUCAACCAAGUGUCACAGGACCUGAGAAGCAGGCUUGAAGUUCUGAAGCGCAAAGUCACAGAACAAGUACAGCAUAUCCAGCUUCUGCAGAAAAAUGUCAAGGCUCAGUUGAUAGAUAUGAAACGACUGGAGGUGGACAUUGAUAUUAAGAUCCGAUCUUGCCAAGGGUCCUGCAGUAGGUCUGUAACGCGUGGGAUAGAUCUACAGGACUAUGAAGAGCAGCAGAAACAACUUGAACAGAUCUUUGCCAAAGACUUACUUCCCUCUAAAUAUAGGCAGCACUUACCAGUGUUAAAGAUGAGCCCGGCUUUAGAUUUCUUUCCCAGAGAGUUCAAGAGUCAGCUUCAGACAGCCCCUCCAGAGUGGAGGACACUCUCAGAAAUGCAGCAGAUGAAAAUGGUGUUACAGAGGUCUGGAACAGACGGCAAUCCCCGAGGAGACUCUGCAUCUUAUGGAACAGGACUAGCCCCUGAAAGCACCAGGAAUCCUGAACCUGCUAGUACAGGAAAUAGGAAACCUGGCAGUUCCAGACCUAGUGGUACUGGCAGUUGGGACCAUGCAAGUCUUGGGACUGGAAGUUUUAGGCCAGAUAGCUCAGGGCAUGGGAACACCAGGCCUACGAACGCAGACUGGGGCACAUUUGAAGAGGAUUUGGGAAGUAUAAGCACAGGGUCAAGGAAAGAGCACUACCACACAGGUAAACUGGUCACUUCUGACGGAGGAAAAGAACUUCUGAUUAGUAAUGAGAAGGCCAACACUGGUGGCCCAACCCCCGGUCGUCGUUUUUCAUGCUCCAAAACCGUCACUAAGACUGUUAUAGGUGCUGAUGGACACAAAAAAGUGACCGAAGAAGUGGUAAACUCUGAAGAUGGUUCUGACUGUGGGGAUGCAAUCGAUUUAGGCUCAUACAGUCUUUCUGGCACGGGUGGCCUAGAUGACUUCCGUAAGAGGUUCUCUGAGCACGCUGAUUUCUUUGACAUGGGCUCAACUGAAAAAUUACUCUCGUUACCUGCACACGGAGAAUCGGAGACUAAGACCCACGCUAUGGGCUCAGCAUCCGACUUUAUAGCCGACUUAGGGGAAUCCAGGUCUCACCAUGUCAAAAAAACUUCUCUUGACGUCAGAGGAACUCGUACUACCACGAGAGGCCGUAGUAAAACUCGCCCAGCCAGAGGUAUCCGCACUUCUCCUUUGGGGAAGCCUUCCCUGACCCUGUAGACUAAGUUACUUAUUUUUACAAUGUGCUCCCAUAGCACUUUGCACUUCUUUCCUAGCCUUCUCUCAUGCUUUAUUAAAAUUACACCUUUUAUUUGUUUGUUUUUCAUGCUGGACUAUAAGUUCCACAGGGGCAGGGACUUUGUCUAUCACGUUCACCUCUGUAUCCCCACAUACCUAAUAGUGAAGAGGGUCACCACUCAAUAAAUGCUUGUUAAAUGAAUGAA